AUGAGCUGGCUCAACUCUUUCGACCCAGCAGCACCACGAAGCUCGUCAAGCUCCAGUGCCAAUCGGUCUCCGCACUAUGUGGGAUCAGGCUCAGCCGAGAAUCUGUCGCGGAGCUCACAAGCGGCCACAACAUCAAAUUCGGCGGCUGGACCUUCAGCUUUGCGGUCGCACAACGCAGCGCCUUCGCCAGUACACCGUAUGCCUUCCCAGACAGGGCGGACCACUCGUCUCUUCAACAACAACUCUUCGACAAGAUCUGGCACCGCAUCGUUUCAAGCUCGUCCGCCUCGCCCACCGCACCGCAGCAAAGCUGCCCCGCCGUCAGCAGCUUUGCGGUCAGAAGAUGCACAACCCAACGAAAACGAGAUUCGCACGAAGCCUUGGGAGAUUGCAGGGCCUCCAACCAUAGGUAAAGCAAGAUCGAGUCAGUCUAUGAGACUUCCUAGACCGCCAAGUCAAGCUGCGUCGUUGCAACCGCCAAGAGCGGCUUCACGACGUUGGCCGCCUUCGGAGCUACCUACCAAUCGCCCUCUACCAGUACGGCCGACCCCGGCCAGCCUCAAUGGUCAAACGCCACCACGUACUGAGAGUAAAUCGCACGUCCAGGCUGUGAUUGACGGUCUUAGGCAUCGAACCUCGCAUGCAAGUCCGUUAUCGCAUUCGAGGUCGAUCCUACAAUCACCGUCAGACUCAGCGGCCGCAUCGCAGUCACAAGCUCAGACACCAGCACAACCGAAAACAAACCUCGCGCCAAGACCUCAGCAGCCGAAGACUCAAGAGCCUAAAAUGCUUUCUGUAACGAAGAAACGAAAGCUAGAAGGGAACGCGAAACUGGAGAAGAAGCGGCAGAAGGAGCAGCGAAAGCAACUCGAGCAGCGUCAGAAGAGCGAAGCAGCGAGCCAAGGCGGAAGCAGGCAUGAAAAUGCCAAUGAUCAGCCACCGACGAAAAGAGUGAAGAGAGAAGAGACCGGAAAGCCCAAGUCAACGGAUGCGCACGUUCAGCAAAACACUCGCCCGACCAAUGCAGAGAUCAUCGCAUCCCACCUUCAAGCCGCGCGGCCGAACAGCUCCAAUGGCGUGCCCCAAUCAUCAGAAGGUGUUCGCACCCCUUCUCCGCCGCCUAGCCAUGCACGACAACAGCAAACUAUGCAUGGCAAUACGCAACCAAAUCGAAAGGCGCAGGAUCUUGCUUCGGGUGCAAACAUACCCAGCCUGGCCCAGCUGCACAGCAUUCUGUCCAUGGUCAAUAAAUCGCCUGAGGCACUGGAACAGUCCAAUCCACGCCUUCUGUACGAAAGCUCUUCGCUUGCAGCUCAACAAGCCGAAGAAGCUCGACAGGCCGAAGAGCUCGCCCAGUAUUUGGAUCAAUUGACAGAAGACGAGUCGUCAGUGCCUGUCAAAGCAGAUCCCGUCGCCUAUCAAGCUGCCUCGGAGCGAGCGUCGGAUACUUUGGCUGAACUGAUCAGCCGGUGUGAGCCUGCUGCCACUUUGGGUGGACCGUUCAAGGAGAGCGCAACCGUAGAGAGCAGCGACGACGAGGACGAUCUACCUUUGGCGCAGCGAAAAGAAGCCGCGCCUUGCACAGAUACCCUUUCCCAUCUUGCUAGCGGAUCAAAGCACUUAGACAGCGACGAUUCGGACCCAGACGAAGAUAUUCCAUUGCGGGACCUUUUGCGGCAACGCUCCUCCGAAGCACUUUCUUCGGCCUCUGGCUCAAACGAGGCAGGGUCAAAGUGGUCUGCACCAUUCUCACAUAAGGUUGCGAGAAUUUUCCAUGGAGCUCGAGGUCUGUCGAUGAAGUUCUUCGUGCCAGUGGCCAGCUCUGCUCAGGAAGGGGAAGAUCGGGCGCGUGCCCGCAGCAGAGCCGCAGCAUUUGAUGCAGCUAUUGGCGUCAGUGAACAGGGACGGAUCGUGACGUUCUCCGAGCAGCCAAUCAAUCGGUCCCCGGGAAGCGAAGCCGAUCUGCCGAGCCAUAUGAUGCGCUUCCAAGCGCAGGAUCUGGUGAAGAAGGCCAAGGCAGAAAGCUCCAGCCUGCCCAUCGACAGGGUCGAAGACGUUUCGCGCCUCACGUCAAAAGUAUGCGGCAUCGCUUCCUCGACCGACAAGCCGCUUGGGUUGGGUAAUCACGACGGCUAUCCGUGUCAGGUGAGUCUCGUCACCGUCGACGAUGCGGCGCGGACUCAUCGUAUGUAUCAUCUCGACGAGCGACCGCACGCGUGGGGUGUGGCGAGCAUCUCUCACUUUCCUCGCACCGAUCCGAAAGACGCCUCGUCCAUCGACUUUGCGACGGGCGGCAUCGACGGAAUCGUCAACCACUGGCAUUGGCAGUCGCGCUCGACGAAAGCAGAGACGUUCCGGCUGCACACAUUGCACGAUUCGAAACCGAUCGUUGCGCUCCAACACCUGUCAUCGCGAUCCAACAUUCUUGCCUCGGCCGCCAUCGGUACCGUGAUUGGAUACGACCUAGCGGCGCUCACGCUGGGAUUCUCGUGGAACACGAGCGAUCACAUUGUUCAUCUGGAAUGCACGCCUGAUCCUCGUCUCAUGCUCGGUGUGUUGGCACGACGCGAUUACGACCAAUUCCGCAUGUUCGACAUCACGGGACGCAACGGCCCAACCUCGCGUCCAGUGAUAUCUUUCGGAUGGCUCAAUGAUUCUCAAGGGACGCUGCCGCUAGGGAGGGGGAGCUUCCAUCCGACCAGAAGGGCCAUCUUUGCGCAUGGUGGAGAGGACGGUCGUGUGAGGGUGUGGGACAUCAGGAAUGCGCGGGACCCCUUGAUCGAUGAGAGGUUGGCGGAUGGUCCCAUCGUCGAGACUGUGUGGGCUGGCAGUGGAAAGCAAGGAGGCGAGGAGGACGCGGAUAGGCUGUACAUAGCUACGCCGAAGGGCGUCGGCAGUGUGUCGAUCUUUGCUCUUUGA